AUGGAUGACGUGCGCUUUCGUUCGCAGCAGUCGCCGCGAAACGAAACGCCCAUGGCCAGCUUCGUCUCUCCUCCUCGCAACAACGGUCGAAUCUCCCAGCAGACCUCCCACGAUCAACGGGGCAACAUGCCACGCAGAUUCACAACUGAUUCUGGCCGGGUGCCGACCCUUUCAUCAAUGACAGCGGCGUUGACCUCGCCCCCUCGAGGGCUUGGGUUGGAACCCACCCCCGAUUACAAUAAUGCAUUGCAUAAAGUGCAACUGAUAGAGCAGAAGAAGCUUGAAUAUGAGAGAAUCCGUGAACAGAGAAGGCGCUUCGAACUGGAGAUGCAGCGCCUUGAUCAGCAGCAGCGGAGGGAGGCGCAAGAGUUAGCGCAAAUGGAGGAAGAAAUUCGCAUUGCUGGACACCAGUCCGAGCCGACAACACCCCCAGAAUACCGUGAUAACUCUGGCUUUCCAUCUAUAUUCUCUCGGCCAAAUCGUUAUUCGACCUCGAGUCUCGCUUCACCUCCAGGAUUUAACCGUCCAGCCAGAUCUGGAUCUCAGUUGACAUCUCCGCCGUCUGGCUUGAUGCAAUCACGGUACGGGUUUGACGAGAGAGCAAUGCCCUCUCGUUCAGACCCAAAUACCCGGCGCAACAGCGAUGAUGAAGACAAAGAGGAGGCAGUUCGACAAGACCCGACCAGCCAUAGAGCAACCAAUGCGCUUAACCGGUACUCGAUGCCCGUCACCAAGUCACGUAACGGGUUGUAUGACAUGAAUCUUGACCAAACCAACACGACCCGUUUCCUCUUCGGAGACGACGAGCCCAACUCGCUCCCUCGUGGCCGCACACCAGACGAUAACUUUCCCACUUUGGUACGGCGAGAGGAUCAAAUGCUUUCUGCGUCUUCGGCUGCACUCGAUCUUGCUUUGUCCCCGUCACCUGGUCCUGAAAAGUCCAACAGCUGGAACCGUGUUAACCGUCAUCGACACCAACAGAGCAUGUCGGCGAUCAACGGAUCGUCAUCCAGUAAAUCCAACGAAGUUACUACUAUUGGUAGCCGACCACAGUCUUUGCGCCAUUCACUUGAUCUCAAGUACAUCUCGGAGAGCUCAGCCGAGCCAUCAUCUGUCGCCAUGUCUCCGCAGAACAGCCACAUGGCAUCGCCUCCACGGCUCCAGAGUUCUUUCUCGGCCAACGACGUCCCUACUGUUAAGAGCCCUUCAGGGUCGUCUAUCAUGUCAGGCAACGCCAACAAUCACGCCCAACAGCAUUUCCACAAUCAUAACGCUAGCAUGGGGCGAAUUCCUGCUGGGGUAAUGCCGCCUCGCCAUACUCGUGAGUUGUCGAGUGACAAUAGCAUGAAUGCCGGCCGAGAACAGCCUAAUGGCUUCCAAUCGAUUCAGUCCGCUCUUCAAGCGAGUGCCGCUCCAUUUGGUCCUAGCCUUACCAGUGCACCUCAAAUCAGCUCGGCCAUGUCUGUUUCUGGGCCCUCCACCACGGCCCCGACAAAUUCGUUCAAUAACUUUUACUCUCCCGGCGGAUUUGGACCCAACGCAUCAAACCCCAAUGGUAAUUUCGGCAUGCCAUUGAUCACAUCGGGCAUGCAGCAAAUGAACAUGAACGGCGCCAAUGGGGGUAGCAUGUAUUCCCCCCAGAACUUCACUGGGUACGGGUCAAUGCCCUACAACCAAGGCGCUGGUCAACCCCGAGACAGCCAAGCCCGUGUCAUCCAGCAUCGGCGUCAACUCGACAAUGAAGCUAUGUCUCGCUACCAGAAUAUGCCUCUUGAAUCCUUCCGAGGACAGAUCUAUGAAUUGUGUAAGGACCAGCAUGGCUGUCGCUAUCUUCAAAAGAAGUUGGAGGAACGCAAUGCCGACCAGGUUCAUAUGAUUUGGCACGAAACUAACCAGCAUGUCAUCGAGCUCAUGACGGACCCCUUUGGUAAUUAUUUGUGCCAAAAGCUCCUUGAGUUUUGCAAUGACGAUGAGCGUACCGUUUUGAUUCAGAAUGCAUCCCAAGAUAUGGUGCGCAUUGCCCUCAACCAGCAUGGAACACGAGCAUUGCAGAAGAUGAUUGAAUACGUUAGCACCCCGCAGCAGGUGCAUCUUAUUAUUGAAGCUCUCCGAUUCCGUGUGGUUGAGCUGAUUCAGGACCUCAAUGGCAACCAUGUCAUCCAAAAGUGCCUCAACAAGCUCACUUCGCUUGAUGCCCAGUUCAUCUUUGAUGCUGUUGGCAACAACUGUGUCGAGGUGGGCACUCACAGGCACGGAUGUUGUGUCCUGCAGCGCUGCAUUGACCAUGCCUCCGGCGAUCAGAAGCCUUGGCUGGUAGGACGCAUCACCGAACAUGCACGCGUUCUUGUUCAGGAUCCUUUUGGUAAUUAUGUUGUCCAGUAUAUCAUUGACCUGAAUGAGCCAAGCUUCACUGAGCCCAUGGUUGCCAUGUUCCAAGGGUGCAUCAGCCAACUAUCUCGACACAAGUUCAGCUCUAAUGUCAUUGAGAAGUGUUUGCGAUGCUCUCAAGCACCGUCCAAGGACAUGAUUGUGGAAGAACUUCUUGGCCCUCAGGAGAUGGAACGUCUUCUUCGCGAUUCCUUCGCCAACUACGUUAUCCAAACAGCUCUUGAAUUUGCCACGCCGCAUCAAAAGUAUCGUCUGGUUGAAUCGAUUCGCCCCAUCUUACCACAAAUUCGCACUACUCCUUACGGCCGCCGCAUUCAGGCCAAGGUGUCAGCCUACGACAAUCGUGGAAGUGCGAGCUCCAGCGGCCAAGUAACACCUGCAGACAACACUCAGGGUCAGAUUCCUCUCCGUCAAGGGCAUAGCCGGGGCAUAUCUGGAAGCUCCUCAAUGUUACCUACAAAUGGUAUCACGAAUGGGGGAAUGACUGGUCUUGGGACAAACCAAGGCGUACGCCAGAAUGUGCCAGCAUAUGGCAACAACUCUGUCCUGACUGUUUCUGCUUCAACGGUUCCCGCUCCGACGGGAUCCGGUCCUGGACAGCAGGCUCAAAGCCAACAGCAACAGCAGCCACAGCCGCAGUUCAACCAAAGAGCGCCGGUUAGUUUCACUGGGUCACAUUCUGCAACUGCAUCUGCGGAUGCCAGCGGUGAGCCUCGCUGGUUGUAA